CUUGCUGCAGUCACGCCCGGUGCUUCCGCCUGUUUCCCCGCUGCUCCGGCCGGUCACGCUGCUGCAGGUCGGCGCUGGUACUCUGGGUCCGGGCGCUUCCCCGCCGGGCCGGGGGAUUGGCUGUGCGAUCGCUUCGUCCCAGAAUGCAGCGCAUGGCGCGUCAUUGAAGAGAGACCAUGAUGGCGGCGGCCGUGGCUGCGGGGGGUGCUCCUGAGGUGAUCGCCCAGCUGGAGAACGCGGCCAAAGUGCUCAUGGCACCACCUUCCAUGGUCAAUAAUGAACAACGUCAGCAUGCCGAGCACAUAUUCUUAUCAUUUAGAAAAUCAAAAUCACCAUUUGCUGUUUGCAAGCAUAUUUUGGAAACUAGUAAAGUGGACUAUGUCCUUUUUCAAGCUGCCACAGCAAUAAUGGAAGCAGUUGUGCGAGAAUGGAUUCUCUUGGAAAAAAGUAGCAUCGAGUCACUGCGAACAUUCCUUUUAACCUAUGUCUUACAAAGGCCUAACCUUCAAAAGUAUGUUCGGGAGCAGAUUCUAUUAGCAGUAGCAGUAAUAGUGAAACGAGGAUCAUUAGACAAAUCGAUUGACUGCAAGAGCAUUUUCCAUGAAGUCAGCCAGUUGAUAAGCAGUGGUAACCCCACUGUGCAAACUUUGGCCUGUUCCAUUUUAACGGCUUUGUUGAGUGAGUUCUCAAGUUCAAGUAAAACCAGCAACAUUGGACUAAGCAUGGAGUUCCAUGGUAACUGCAAACGAAUAUUUCAGGAGGAUGACCUUCGUCAGAUCUUCAUGCUAACAGUAGAGGUACUACAGGAAUUCAGCAGACGUGAAAACCUCAAUGCUCAGAUGUCUUCAGUGUUUCAGCGUUAUCUUGCACUAGCCAAUCAGGUCUUAAGCUGGAACUUUCUUCCUCCAAAUUAUAUCCUUUUAAUGUUUGAACCUUUGCUUCAGCUAAUUAACUUCACCUGUACUUGAUAACUGGAGCCUUUGAAAAAUGUAACAUUUAGAGAAAUUUUUUUUUUCAAGUGGUGGUAAUUUAG